ACAAGCAUUUGUUACACGUUUUUUAGCACGUUUUACGUUUAAACUGCUCAGUUGUGGUUUGUGUUUUUUCGAAGAACAUUGUGCUUAAUAUCUACAUUUUGUUAAAAUGUCUCGUAAAAGUGGAUAUUCAUUCAAAUGUAUUAUAAAAUCGUGCGGGGAAAUGAAAACUCAAAAAGAUUCAAUUAGUUUUUUUUCUUUUCCUAAAGAUCCUGCUCGGUGUGAAAUUUGGUUAGAACGCUGUCAACUGCCAGCUGACACUCUAUCCCAAAAGAAUGUUAAAUUAUGUGGAAAACAUUUUGAAAAAAUUAUGUUUUUAAACUUCUUAGAGAACAGGUUAAAAACAGAUGCUAUACCUACACUAUUUCCAGAUAAUUGUGACGUGAGUACUACAGACUUGUCUAGUGAGAAAGUUAGAACCUCUACCAGUUCGAGUAAUACUGUGUCUUGUGGCUCAAAUACUCCACUAAACAUUAGUGAUGAUCCUGGUUCUUCAAAAUCAUGUACCACAGUUGCAUAUGGUAACAAUGAAAUACUGGCUCUUCCAUUACCUGGUUCACCUGUAGUACCUGAUAGUAUUGACUACGCUAUUUCUCCUGGAACAUCAUCGUUUUCUAGUGAAAAAUCUACAUAUUUAGAUUCUCCUUCAGAUUUCACAAGUUCCAGUUCUUCAAAAGGUUGCCAAACUCUAAAAUCUUGGUCUGAGAAAACACCCAGAAAAGUUUUGUUACGGCAACAAUUGAAGAUUGAAAAAGAAGCUCGUCUCAAAGCUGAAAAAACUAUCCUGGCCUUGAGCAAUCAGCUAAGUGAGUUUAAUACUGUUGAAAAUUUACUCUCAUUGUGUGAACAACAUUUAUCACCCGCUGUACUAACGAUUGUGAAAUCUAAUCUAAUGUGCGAAACAAGGAACCCUCAUGGAUACAGGUACACAAAUGAUAUGAAGCAAUUAGCGUUAACAAUCUACUUCUUAGGCCCAUCUGUGUAUAGAUUUUUAAAAAGUAUCUUAAGUCUACCUUCAGUUAGAACUUUAAGAAGAGUUACUUCAAAAUAUGAACUGAUUCCUGGGUUAAAUGAUUUUUUAUUUGAUUUUGUAAAAUUCAAAAUUUCUACCUUUAAAACUGAGGCCCGAAAGGGAAUUUCGAAAGGAAAUAUUGAAGAUAACGUUUCUAACUCAAUAACAUUGACGGAAAAUACGUAA